CCAAACAAUUCACAAAUCACAACCCAAUUUCCCCAACAUUCAAGUUGUAGUACUCAAACUAACUCUCCCUUCCAUGGCUGCCUCUACAAUGGCCCUUUCCUCCCCUUCUUUCGCCGGAAAGGCAGUGAAGCUCUCCCCCACUGUCUCUGAGGUUCUCGGUUCAGGCCGUGUCACAAUGAGGAAAGCAACCUCCAAAGCCCCGGUGUCCUCGAGCCCGUGGUAUGGCCCAGACCGUGUUAAGUACUUGGGUCCAUUCUCCGGUGAGUCCCCAAGCUAUCUUACUGGUGAAUUCCCGGGAGAUUAUGGGUGGGACACAGCUGGACUAUCCGCCGACCCAGAGACAUUCUCUAAGAACCGUGAGCUUGAGGUCAUUCACAGCAGAUGGGCCAUGUUGGGUGCCCUAGGUUGCGUCUUCCCCGAGCUCUUGGCUCGCAAUGGUGUUAAGUUCGGUGAGGCUGUUUGGUUCAAGGCUGGAUCUCAAAUUUUUAGCGAGGGUGGGCUUGACUAUUUGGGUAACCCAAGUUUGGUACACGCUCAAAGCAUCUUGGCCAUAUGGGCUACCCAAGUUGUUUUGAUGGGCGCUGUUGAGGGUUACCGUAUAGCUGGAGGGCCACUUGGGGAGGUGGUCGACCCAUUAUACCCUGGUGGUAGUUUUGACCCGUUGGGUUUGGCCGAGGACCCAGAGGCCUUCGCAGAGCUUAAAGUAAAGGAGCUAAAGAAUGGUAGACUUGCAAUGUUCUCUAUGUUUGGAUUCUUUGUUCAAGCUAUUGUAACCGGAAAGGGACCACUUGAGAAUCUUGCCGACCAUCUUGCUGACCCUGUUAAUAACAACGCUUGGUCUUAUGCUACAAACUUUGCUCCCGGAAAAUAAACGUUGUUUGAGACAUUGAUUUAACAGAAAUGUACAAUUAUCGAUGAAGCCUUGUAAAUUGUUUUGAAUUAUUUAUUGAGUUCAUAAAUAUAUGUUGCUAAUUAA